AGAAAACAUUGGGAUCGGUAACUAAUUUUGCUUCUUGAUUUUUUGGGCUCACCAAUAAAUCAACAUGAGUCUUCAGUAUUGUUUAUUUGUUGCCUUUUUGGUGCUAGUGUGCGACACUAAUGCCUACAAGGUGGGCGAUAAAUACCUUUACAAUUAUCGUGUCAACACUUUGCAAUCAUUAUCAUCUCGAAAUGGAGCUUCAACUUGGUCUCGAUUAAAUCUCGAAGUUGUCCCAUUAUCACCAUCGUCUCUCAAAUUUAAGAUCUCUUCCAUUACGAAUGCUCUUGGGUCACUUGCUGAACCAAGUGAAAGUACCGAUCCAAAUUAUGGUCUAACCAAUGAAUUCGUAGCUACUUAUGGUAAUACAAUUGAAUUCAAGGUAAAUCCUACUGACGGUAGAUCGGCAAUUGGCUUGAAAAAGUCGAUCGCUUCGCUAUUCUACGUCCAAAGUCUGAAUGGAAAUUCAUUCAGUGCUCUUGAAGAAUCACCUAUCGGUACAUGUAACACUAUUUACACCGUUUGCCCAAGUGGUCGAAAUGUUACCAAGACUCGUGAUUAUGGUAAUUGUACUGAAGACAUUGAUAUGGCGGGUAAAAAGUUCAGCAGCCCAGACUUUCAUAAGUGUACUCGAAGUCCCGAAUACACAAUUCCAUGGGUAAGUCGAACAGCGACUUUCAGUUACUCUCUCAACGAUGGAAUCAUUAAAAGCUGCGAAUCCAUCGAAACUGUAAGUUUUACCCUCUUUGGUCACAAAUCAUCUUCGUGCGUUGAAAUUAAAGGUUCACUCACACUCGAAAGUACAACUACAGCGACAGCAUCAGAGAUUCCUAAAGGUCUUUCAACUGUCCCUGUAAGUGGUAAAUCACAUCCAAAGAGUAAGGAAGAUUUUGACUCAGCCGUUGUUGACCUUGCCGAACCCUCUAAAUACGCAAUGUGGCCUAAAUUAGAAGUUGCCAAUCUUAUCAAGACCCUUGAAACUUUAAGCACCUCAAUAAACGCAGGUAUGAGUUCACCAUCGCUUUCCAAUGAUAAUUUCACAAUGGACUUUAUUGAAUUACAAUUGUCCAUGAGUCGAUUCAGUUUAACUGAACUUCAGUCCAUCUAUUCAACAAUUAAAACUCGAACCGAUGCUGUACCUCGAUUGUUCUUGGAUGCACUUCGAUUUACACCAAGUAAUCCAGUUUUCUCAUUCAUGAAAACUUUCGUCAAGAGUACCGAUAACAAGGAGAAAUUUGCACUUCGAGGUUACUUACAAAUUAUCCCGUUCCGUGAGCUUAAGGUCACAAAAGCGCUGCUCGAUGGUUACCUUGAUCUUUGCAAGCAAUCGCUUGGCUCUGGACUAACACAAACUUGUUUCUUUUCCUUGGCUAACGUCCUACAAGUCCAUUGUACCGAUGCUCGAAGUAAAAGUUCCGAUUCAUGUAAUUCGAAAAUCUCAACCCUCUAUUAUGGUAAAAUGAUCGCCGCCAUUAGAGAGAUCAUACCGGCAGAUGAUGAUCGUGAUCUUCUUGAAAACGGUAUUUCAAACAACGUUUUCAAUGAAGAAUCAUUGAAACUUUUGCUCACCCGAAUCUCUGAUCCAAGAUUAAAUGUCCGACGAUCUGCUACCGUUGCACUUUUCGGCCAUCGAUUGGACUCUAAGAAUGUACCAACCAGUUCCAUUCAAAAUCUUCUCUAUGGAAAAGUAAUGAAUCGAACUGAAGAUCAUGUCGUUCGAAUCUACGCUCUUCUUGUUUACAUGAAGACUGGACCUUCUUUGUCCCAAUUCCGAUCUUUGGUUCGAUACAUCGCCGAUCCAAAUGAAGAUGAACAAGUCGCACAUUACACUUUAUCUCUUCUUAAAGCUAUGAAACACUCGGUAAAUCCAUGUUACUCUAGUUUCGCACUUCUAUCCAAGUAUGGAAUUCGUGAACUGAAAGCAGUCAAAGGUCGAUUCUCACACACGGCUUUAGCUUUGUCCACCGCUCGAAUGUAUGAAUCAUAUGAUAAGGACUUCGGCUUCGGUGGUUCAACCGUAUUCAGUUACAUAAUGAACAAGGAUUCUUUAUCAGCGAGCAUCUAUUUAGAAGAGAAAAUGGUGGUCAAUGGUUACACUGGUGGUCAUCUCGCUCUCCUUUUCGAAACAUUCCCUCGACAAGUACCAAGUGGAUUCAAAAGUCCAGAUACCAAAGGUCUAAGUGAGACUUCUAAAGCAAUUGUCGAAACCAUAGCCUCCAUUUACAAUCGAACUCACUCAUCUCUUAGAGUGAUCAGUACCGACAUGAGAAUUUCGUUCAUGAUUAAUGGUCGAAUCGUCGAUUCGCUCGAUAUCUUCUCAUUGAUGCAACUUUUCCAGGGAAGUUCUUACACUUCGUUCAACAAAAUGGUGAUCGGUCAACAGUUUUACAAUUACGUUCAAAGUGAACAUGGAUUCACCCUGUUCAACUUGAUGGUCUCAGGCGGUGGCCUUUUCGGUCGAUUGGGAUCAAUGAACAUUGAGAAACCUUCAGCCGAUAUUAUGUUCCAAGCCGCUUUAACACCAACCCUAAGACGAGAUGUUGGCGCUUACACUUUAACUGGCCUGAAAUCACCUUUCGGCUCAGGUAGAGCUGGUAUUAUGACCUCAAUCCAACGAACCCAUAGGCUACCAUUGAACAUUAGCUACGUUGUAACCAAGAAAACCGCUCAAAUCAAGUGCAAAAUGCCAACUGAACCAACCGACUUCAUGUGGUACCGUAUGAACGCCUUUACAUUUAAUGAUAAAUCAUCGAUCGGCUCAAUCAGAUCAUCAUUGAAACCCUUGUUCGUUGAUUACAACGGUAAACCUGAAAACGAUGCCGUUAAGGCCAAAACAAUCUGGAAAGGUUUCCUUGGAAAUGGCUUAAGAAUGACAACAAUUUACAAUCGACCUCGACCCAUGGACGAAGUUGGUUAUCGAUACCGAUUAUUAGAAAAGUCAAUCUACAACGACGAUAUGAGAUUAGUUCGAAUGAAAUUUGAAUAUGGAGCUUUAGUUGUUCCAGUUGAUUGGAAAUUAACUCUUCUACCCGAUCCAAAACUCUCUGAAUUGACCUUUGCUUUCAACAGGUCAAUAAGUAUUACCAAUGAUUCUCGUACUGGUGAAUAUCAAAUGACCGUUUUAAAAAAUAGUGAGACAAUCAUCUCAUCUCGAGUCUCUUACAGUUACACAAACGAUUUCCUUAAUCACAAUUUACGAUUAUAUUACAACAAUUAUCUUCGAAACAUUCAUACUUGUGUCAAGGGUGACGUCUUUUCACCAAAGGUCAAUUACGCCCGAUACACAUCGAUCGAUGGUCUUUCAGGUUCAGAAGAUAAACUUCAUUUCAAUGGGUCAGUUUACUUUGACCAAUCAUGUUCAAAGAAGGACAUUAUCAUAAAAGGUGAAUUUAGUCCGUCCGAAGAUCAAAAAGAUCCGAAAUACACUCAAUUGUAUUCACAAUCUUGCGGAAAAUAUGGACUUAUGACCAAUAAGAUUCCAUACUGUCCAGGUUACCAUUAUCAUCUUGGCGAGUUGAGGUCAGUUAAAAUUCACAUCACCCAUAAAGAUGUUCCCUCAUACUUUUGGCGAUACUUGACCUACAUUCGCAAUAAGGGUAUCCAAAAGUACGUUAACCAGAUCAGAUAUUAUGGUUCGAAUGAGGUUUCCGAUCCAUCGGUCACUCUAAUCUCCGCUAAUUCAACCUGGUUUUCACCCUACAAAUACAAUGUAUCAUACAAGAUGACCGGACGGGAAGAAUUCUGGCAAGAUAUUCCAUCGACUGGCAUGAGUUGGCCUAAUUCUUACAGUCUCUUCGACUACCAUACCUACGAGUCUUUCUCCCGAAUAACUCGAAUGCCCUAUUGUUAUGUCCAAAAAUCACGACUACGAACCUUUGACGAGCAUUCAUCCAAUGUGACAAUCAAACCCGAUUGUCUAAAAACACUAUUAAUGGACUGUUCUACCGGCAAGUUCAUGGUUCUAUUUUCCCAAGACGCUGAGGGCAAACUCGAGACCAUCGAAGUCUACGUCGAAUCCCCUGCAACUAAACUUGAGAUUUCACCCAAAACGAACACGAUUAAACUUAAUGGGUCACCUUACGAUCCAAUGGUCAAAUCUAAAGCCGUGGAUGUCAAAGAUUUCGGUAUUUACAAAAGGGUCCGAAUCAUGGGCUCGAAUAAUAUUAAGAUUUUCUUCGACGAUGUCGGCAUUUACGCUAAAGUAAACAAGAUGAACUUCGCUACUCUAUGUGGCCUUUGUGGGAACAUGAAUAGUUGUCAUCAUGACGAUCAUCAUCCUUUGCCAGUUGCAUCCUCAUCUCCUCAUGCUCAUCACUCUGAGAACCUUUGGUUGACCAAAGAUGACCGAAACACCGCUAAAGCUUGUGUUUAAAACGCGAAAACUUUCAUCAGCAAUUUGAUUAAUUGUUUGAUUAGAUUAACAUUUCCAUUAGAAAAUAGAUGACAAAGGCACAAUUAUCAUAACAAUUAUCACGAAAUAAGAUCAAAAAUCAAAUCGAAAUCAUUUUUUUCUAAUAUUCGAAUUUUUUUCAAUAAAUUGUUUCAAAAAAAAACUUUGAUUCAUUUAAUUAAAUUUUCAAAUGUAUUGAUUGUUUUUAAUUUCAAGAUGGCACUUGAAUUGUUGUUAAUCAAUUGUGAGACGAUUAAUUGUUGAUAUAAUGGUGAUCAUUGUUUUAUAUCUGUGAUUUAAAAGGGAAAGACACAAAUCAAAGGCCAAUGGAAGAUAAUUAAUUAUGAUUGAACAUCGAUAAUUAAAAAUAAUGACACAAUCAACAGAUUACAAUUGAUAAAAUAAAUCAUAAUUUUGUUUGUUUACAACACACAAUGGACUAGGAAGAGGACAAUUAAGGUGACCUUUUUUUGUUUUACUUUGAUGAUGGUGUUUCUGUUUUGUUUUGAUUGUUGUGACUUGUAAAUCACUGUGAUAAUUAUGAUUAAAACUAAUUAAAGUGAAAUAAUUUCCAGUUGAAAUCAUUUUAAAAUACAAAA